CACCCACCCACCCAAUGCCCCCACAAAACUCUCCUUCAUUCUCUUUCCCCUCCAUAUAACCCUUUUGCUCCCAUAACUUUGAACCAUAUUAUCUCCCUUCCUCAUUUCACAAAACACAGGCUGUGUCUUCUCCAGAAGGGCUAGCUUGCUGUUCUUUAUUAGCAAACCUGCAAAAUGGGUUUUGAUGAUGUUUGUAAUACAGGCCUUGUUCUAGGGUUAGGCCUCACAGCAUCACAAGAGAUUAAUACUCCAUCAAGGGCAGUAGUACCGAAGAAACCUUGCUCCAACUUCACGACCCCAAAUAAUUUUGAGCCGUCCUUGACUUUGGGUCUUUCAGGUGAUAGUUAUAACCAAAUCCCCAAAAAGAUUGAUGUGAACAAAGGCUGUGAAGAAUCGGUAGAUUUGUAUCGACAAGCUUCCCCUCACAGCGCUGUUUCAUCCUUCUCUAGUGGUAGGGUCAAGAGGGAGAGAGACCUUAGCAGUGAAGAAGUUGAGGCAGAGAGAGUCUCUUCAAGAGUCAGUGAUGAAGACGAAGAUGGUCCUAAUGCAAGAAAGAAGCUUAGGCUCACCAAGGAACAGUCUGCUCUUUUGGAGGAAAGCUUCAAGCAACAUAGCACUCUCAACCCUAAGCAAAAGCAAGCUUUAGCAAGGCAGUUAAGUCUGCGGCCUCGACAGGUUGAAGUUUGGUUCCAGAACAGGAGAGCCAGGACAAAGCUUAAGCAAACUGAGGUAGACUGCGAGUUCCUGAAAAAGUGCUGCGAAACACUGACAGAUGAAAAUAGGAGGCUUCAGAAAGAACUGCAAGAACUCAAGGCACUGAAACUAUCCCAACCUUUGUACAUGCAUAUGCCGGCAGCCACCCUCACCAUGUGCCCAUCGUGCGAAAGGAUUGGCGGUGUCGGCGAAAACGUCGGUUCCAAGAGCUCCUUCUCAAUGGCUCCCAAGCCUCACUUCUACAAUCCCUUCAACAAUCCUUCUGCUGCUUGUUAGGGUGUUAGGAUUAGAGAAAAAUUAAUAGAUCCAUAUGAUAACCCCUAUAUUUUUUUGGUCGAGGGAUUGUACGUACGUAGUCAAAGUAGUGUAAUUGAGUUGUAGAAAAUAGCAGUACUUACUGAUCAAUUUUACCUUUUUUCUUUUCCAUUAUAUAUAUAUAUGCCUGUAAAUCGAUCGUUAAACAUUAUAUCUAUGAAGGGAAAACUAUUAUUUGUUGUCAA